AUGGAGACCAUCGAUGAGCUCGUGGAAAAGAUGAAUGCAGAAGAUAUGGAGCAUCUUGCUCCUGUGCUGAAAGUCUUUGGAAGAUCUGAGAGUGGGAAGAAACAAUACGCGAUGGUGUUUUGUCAUGAGAAGUACAGAGCCGGCAUCAAGAGGAGUGACAUCAUGAACGAGAGGAUUCACUUCUCGAUCUAUGGCGUUUCAGACAAACAGAAUGAGGAAUGCUAUCACAGGGAGGCUUUCAAUGGAUCGGUAGCCAUCGAAUCCCUUCACGCACAGGAGUUGUUUCCCAGUAUCCUCAAAGGCGCAAGGACCUCUGGCAAUCUUCACCUCCUCUGCCCUGCGAGAAUGACGCAUGGUAGGCUGAACCUCAACCCGGUGCUGGACAACGGGCUCGACGAUCAGCAUCUGCACGGUCAAACAGUCUCUCGCCCCAUGCUGGAGGUCACUUGCACUUACACUCACCUCGAUGCUGCCGGCGACCAACCAGCUGCCGCAAGUCAUCAGAGAAAAACGUCCAAGAAGAUGGCAAACUUACCGAAUCCACACGAAGACGCUCACUUCGUGGAUAUCCACGUUCGCAGCGUUAGAGCCAUCGAUUCGAGCGUCUUUGACAUGUUUUUUUUCUUUUCAUUGGUCCUGUCAGCCAUUGAUGCAAGAUGUUCUAGGUACUCCAAACUCUUUGUGGUUGUCCGAUGCUGUGAGCAAGAAUUUCACUCUGCCAUGGUGCAAAAACUUGGGACGACCGAGAAGAAAACGUUGAGCGAGGAGGAGUCGAGGAGCCGGGCAACUCUAGACUACUUCUCGAAGCAACACGGGAGGGAGGUUUUGGAUCUCGGGGCAGACUACAGGAAGUUCGUCAACGAUCGCAAAUCGUCCAUGUCAAAGCUGUCAGCCACUUCUUCAAAGGGCGUUGGACAGGAAUGGUUUCGAUUCCCUCCAGGCAUCAUCAACCCUCGAGCACGAUGGAAGCUGACAUGGGAUGCUUUCAUCAUGUUCCUCGUCCUCUACGCGGUCUUCGGCAUGCCCUAUCAGAUCAGUUUCGGUUCUUCCUUUCUUCCCUCGGCAUACAGGGCAGAACUUGAAUCCUUCCUAUGUGUUCACACGACAAGAUCAAGAGCAAAGUUUCGACUUGAGGAAACUGUGCAAGAGGGACCCAACGAUCCAGCAAACUAUGAUGAUGACGACGACGACGAUGAUGAUAAUGGAUAUGAUGAUGAUGACGAUGAUGACGAUGAUGAUGAUGAUGAUGAUGAUGAUGAACAAGAAGAAGAUGAUGAUGAUGAAGAUGAUGAUGACGAUGAAGAUGAUGAUGAUGAUGAUGAUGAUUGUGGUGGUGGUGGUGGUGAUGGUGAUAGUGAUGAUGAUGCAAUCAUGCAAGUAACGGUCAUUGAGUAUCGUAUUGCCGGAGGAACUUGCUCGAUCGACGACCUGUGGUUCAUCAUGCACACUUUAAUGGAUUUGCUCCUUUCCCGCCUUUCUGAGCAGUUUGAAACUCGUCCGCUGCUCAUUGCAAAAGCAUACAUCCAGGGUUGGUUCCUUCUAGAUAUGCUGUCCUCCCUCCCUAUCGAUCUCAUCAUGUGGUCCAUAGCGACUCAGUCGAAGGAAAGCAAUCAAAACACAAGUACGACUCUCAUUCGUUUCUUCAAACUUUCAAAACUCGGCAAGGCUCUUCGCAUUUAUCGCUUCCGCAAGCUCUACAACUUCUACGCCAGCACAGUCUCUACCAACAUACGUCAGCGAUGGAUCUACCUCCAGGUGGUUACCGUCUACAUUAUCAUGUGCCACUGGGUGGCUUGCGGGCUUGCGUUCUUGUCCGACCCUUCGAUCAGGUACGCACAUGCUUUGAAGUUCGCCUCGCAAGUUUUGUGUCUACUCGGCAACGGCGACUUGGUCAUCAGAUCUCCUCUCGAAGUCUCCUACUCCAUCUUCGUCACAUGGUUGGGCGUCGCGUUCAUGACCUACGCACUGUCAGUCUGCACAGACCUCAUGCACGUCAGAAACCGUGAGAACGCGAGGUUUCAGCUUCAGCUCCAGCGGAUUCUCAACUACUCGAGGUUUCGAAAUCUGCCGAAAGAGUUGAAACGAUCGCUGCUGGAACAGACCAAUCAACUUCUCGACGAGUCUGAGAUCAUUGGGAGCUUGUCCCAUGGAGCACAAUCAAACAUGGGCAUGGAUAGCGAGUGUGUUCGACGUCUGUCGAAUGUCGUGCAGUCCAUCUACUGCGUCUCCAAGGACAUGCUUGCACUCAAAGAUGACAAGGUGAAGAACGCAUCGCGAUCUUGUGACUUUGACCGGUUUUGCGACAAGUGCGAUGGAGUUUACCUCUUAGCUCGAGGACAAGUUCGGCUCCUCAACUACUCACACGCAAAGAACGCGUGGAGCAACAACGAGGUGCCGGCAGAGCAGAAGGCGAGCAGCAUGAAAGUUUCUCUCUACGAGGCGUGCGCCUGCUGCGAGCUCCUCUUCCUCGAGCGCAAAGAGUUUCUCCUCGCGUUGCACGAGUUCCCACAUGAGAUGGACAGGCAAGCUGCAGACAGAGUUGGAAUGAGGGGAUCGUUCAGAAUGGACUCAGAGAAAGGAAGUUUCAUCGCUCAGCGUGAGAUGCGCGCCAUGAACGAGCAGCUAGUGAGGUUCAAGACGGAGAUCCUCAAAGCUGUACAGGAGAUCGCAAAGUCUCCUCCUCCCAAGACCAGCCUCCGUCCCCCCAGCAGGGGUUCCAGUCUCGCUUCUCCUGUCAAGGAGUCGCCGGAGGAGAAAGAGGGAACAAGACAUGCGGGUGGAGGCGACAAGAAGUCAACUGCCGUCAAGCCAGUCAACCCCAAGACGCAGACGAGGACAAGGCCACAUGACAACGAGCGAGGAGAGUCAGCGGCGAUUCGGGUUGUAGAGGCACAACACGAGCGAGGACAGAGCACAAGCGAGACAGAAGAAGACGGUGAGAAGUCAGACCAGGAGGAGGAGAGGAAGGGAGAGGAGAGCUUGUUGGACUCGUUGCACAUCACGUCUCUCCCGGAGAUCACUAUCUUCGAGGACUAUGGCAACAGCAGCAAUCGUCCUAGCUACAGGUCCCUGCGUCAGGCGGAGUCGAGUGACUCUCAUGGGUCAAGGCGCAAGGAUUUCUCCGUCUCCUCCUCCCUCGUUCACAGGUGA